AUGCAGUUUCAAUUUAACUUGAUUAAUAUUACAUUUGCUUGUCUAUUGAUCUUUAUUUGUUUUAUUAUUAAUAAUAAAAUUGAUGCUCGAGCAUUACGCAGAAAUGUACAUGAUGCUGCUAUACAAAACAUACAACAAUUUCCACAUUUGGUUCUCCGAAAAAAACGCGAUACAUUAACCGACUUAGAUGAUGAUGAUAAUGUAUUUCAACAAGAUGAACGUUAUUUAGACGAUGAAGUUGCUGAUACUGAAAAUAAUGUUGAUGACCGUGAACAGCUCGACAACGACAGGUCUUUUUCAUCUGAAGGAGAUAAUCAAGCACUUAGAUUUUUGAAUCAUAAUGAUGAUGUAGAUUCACCUGACAACAGUGGUAGAGACGCAACUGAUUUAGAUGAAGAAUCUGCGUAA